UCUCUUUUCUCUCCACCUCUCUCUCCCACUCCCUCCGUCAUUCCAUCAGGUCCUCACAAACACAGAAGGUCAGAGAGAAGAGAGCUCCCGUACCAGAGAAGGAAAGAAACAAAGAAACGGAGGAAGAGAGAAAGAGUGAGGGGAAUAAAAAAAAUAAGUGGUAUUAACAGUGGAGGACAAGUUUUGGAGGAGAGGAGAGCAAAGGGAGAGAGGGGAGGUUUGGGUGGGGGGUGGGUAGCGUACAAGGCUGCUCCGUCUGUCUCCUCCAUCCCUCCGUCUCCGUCGCCGUGGGUUCACAGCUCUCCCUCUCCCUCCCCCCCUCCCUCACUCCCUACCUCCCCCGCUCGCUGCUGGCGGGAGCCUCCGAGCUGCUGCGGCGGAGGUCGUCUCGGAUGGAGUCGCCGAGAGACGUAGGAGGAGAGACGAUGGAGCAUGGGGAGCGGCCUGAGCGGGCCGAGCCGCUGACCGAUGCCGAGCGGGAGAUCAUCCAGAACACCUGGGUACACGUCUACGAGAACUGCGAGGACGUGGGCGUGUCGGUCCUCAUAAGGUUCUUUGUGAACUUCCCAUCGGCCAAGCAGUACUUCAGCCAGUUUCAGGACAUGGAUGACCCAGAGGAGAUGGAGCGCAGUGUCCAGCUGAGGCACCACGCCCGCCAGGUGAUGGGCGCCAUCAACAAGGUGGUGGAGAACCUCCACGACCCAGAGAAAGUGUCCUCUGUUCUGGCUCUGGUGGGCAAGGCGCAUGCUGUCAAACACAAGGUGGAGCCUAUGUACUUUAAGAUCCUGUGUGGUGUAAUGCUGGAGGUGUUCUCGGAGGACUUCCCAGAAUUCUUCACGGCAGAAGUGCAAAUGGUGUGGACCAAACUGAUGGGGGCGGUGUACUGGCAUGUGACGGGCGCCUACACAGAGGUUGGCUGGGUGCAGCUCUCCAGCUCGGCAGUGUGAGGGGCGAUAGCAGGGGAGAUUUUUAGGGCUGAGACUGUUCAUAGAGUAUCUUUUUGUGUUCAACUUUUGGGGGAGUCUUUCCCCUCUCCCUGCUGACUCAUUGUGUGUACUUUACUGAAUAGCCCCUGAGGUGUUGUCUGUUUAGCCCCUGAGGUGUUGUCUGUAUAGCCCCUGAGGUGUUGUCUGUAUAGCCCCGGAGGUGUUGUCUGUAUAGCCCCGGAGGUGUUGUCUGUAUAGCCCCUGAGGUGUUGUCUGUAUAGCGUACAGUAAGUGAGCGUGUGUAUUCUCUUAUACCCUCAUCCAACACUCAUUGUAGUAUUGUAAAUCUCCAAUGUUUUCAAGGGAACUAAGGACUCCAUUUUAGGGAGUUUUGUUGCUCACUGAAAGUAUGCCACUUUGGAUUCCCAAACACACCCUGUCUCUUUCCAUGCCCAUCUCAUGCACUAUACAAACACACCCAUCUGCUAACACCCUGUCCAUACGGCAAAUGGCUAUUUAAAUGUAUAAACAGUUUCAAAGUGAUGGGAUAAAGCCACAGGCUGACAGACCACUGUUAAGGUGUCAUCUCCGACUUUAUAAGCAUGCAUGCACGAGCACACACACAAACACACACAUACACCACUCUGCCGACUUUGACCACCCAUAUGCUAAUAUUUACGGAGCAUUUACUUGGUUUACAUUUCCUCAUUAAACUCUCCAUUAAGGGUUUAAGAAACUGACUCCGGAGGUCUCUGGAAAUACAACGGACCCUUUGAAGCAGCAUCAGUGUAUCUUUCACCUCUGAACCACUAGGGUAAGGAAAAAUAUUCAUAUCGACCAUAUCUGGUAUACUAAGCACUCUACAACCCUACCAACAGUUCUAGACACUUUGGUACAGUUUAAACCAUGUUGGGUUGGCAUGUACAAUACGAUACCACAAGUUGGAGCCCUGCUCCCGACUUUUCCCCUGAAUACACUACAAAUGGAUUUUGAAUGUCAGUUUAGAUCCAAUCUCCUCUGUGUCUCUGAUGGUAACUCCUGCGCUCUGGUCCCUCUCAGCUUUGUCAUUUACCAUUAAUGAGGAAGUAAUGUGGCUCCGCUCUUCCUCUUCUGAUCAUUCAUCAAAUAUCUCCCCUACUCUCUCAUCCUUUCUUUCCUCUGGCCAAAUGCUGAGAGAAAACGUCCCUCUAUCUGCUUUGCUACCAUGGCUAUUUGGCUAAUAAUAUAAUUCUACUCAUAUUCUACUGCCUUCUCCUUUGUUGUUCCUUUGGAGGCCAGCAGUAAAGUUACAAGAUCAAGAAUAUACAGUAGGCUUAUAUGGCUGAUAAAUAACCGCCACAGGAAGUCGAGCUAAUACAAUAUGACAAACUCAUUCAGCAAGAGACCAGUGGCUGUAGAUGAGAGGAAAUGAGGUGGAUUACUGUAGAAGUUGUUGUCUAUAAUAAAUUAUCUCUCCCAUUACACCUUCAGUACAAUACACUCACCAGUCUCACACUGUUAGCAAAACAUUUCACAUCAGAUCUUGAGUACAAACCCGUUAGAGGUCAGCCUCCUCUGUUCCUCUGAGUAGCUCGGGGUGGAGGAGUAUUUGUGUUGGGCGUGAGCUGCCCCGACAGGUUGUUUUAUUAAACAUGUCACCCAUAAUUCACAAAAUGGCUGCAUAAUCUUUUUUUCUCCCUUCAGCUGUAAGCUCUUACCCUCCAUCUGCAGAGUUUUCCUCCCUGACACUCUCGUGAACACACAGGCACGCACGCACACACACACACACACACACACACACCAUAUACUACAUCUGGGACUUCUUGUUGUGAAUUAUUGUUUUUUUUGUCAGUGAGUUUUAAAGCUUGGACUUUAUAUUUUUCUAAAUAUAUAAAACAAAAUAAUUAUCUGUAUAUGUAUUUGGAAUACUUUAUAUAACUAUGAUUAUAUACAUUUGUUGACUGGGGGAGUGGGAGUGGUUUUGUGCUUAGCAUGUUUGCACAGCCUACUACAGACUUGUAGCUUUGCAGACCUGGUGAAAUUAACUAUCAAUGACUAUCAAUAAAGUGAUAAUUACCUA